AAAAUCAACGGCGGAUAUCGAGCCUACAAAAGAUUCCAACAUUAUUACGCGCACAUUUCUUUUUAUUUCAUAAUAAAAAGGAAAGGGAUCGACAGAAAAUUAACUCCUCUUCGCUUUUGGCGCUCUCCCAUUUCAAAAUUCACCGACUCCCAUAAUUCCCCAAAAUUUCUUGGAUUUUCGUCGGAUCUCGUGAUUUUUAGGGUUUCUCAUCUCUCUCUUCGCCCUCCGUUUCCUCAAUGUCUCGUCUUCAAUCACGCGCGCUCACAUCAUGCGGAUCUCUUCUCCAAGAACUGCAGGAGUUAUGGAAUGAAAUAGGGGAGAAUGACAUGGAAAGAGAUAAGAUGAUAUUGCAACUUGAACAGGAUGCCAGAGUUUACAGAAGGAAAGUAGACAACCGAAAAUGCAAAGCAGAUUUACAUCAGGCCUUGGCUGAAGGCGAAGCAGAAAUUUCUAAUGCCAUCUCCACCCUAGGAGAACGCGAGUCAUUUCUUCGGAAAGAGAAACCAAAGGGUACCCUCAAGGAGCAGGUGGCUAUGCUAAAGCCUUUUCUGGAAGAGUUGAGGAGGAAGAGAGCGGAAAGGGUAAAGGAGUUUUCUGAAGUCCAAUUGCAUAUUGGUCGAAUCUGUGCAGAAAUAGCUGGAAACCAUCUGGGUAGCUCUUCUGUUCCCCAAGUGGAUGAACGAGAUUUAAGCAUUAAGAGGCUUGAGGAGUUGAAAUCUCAGCUCCAAGAGCUUCAAAAAGAUAAGAAUAUGCGAUUGCAGAAAGUCCAUGUCCAUGUUAAAUCAAUACAUGAGCUAUCAACUGUUAUGUCCAUUGAUUUCAACAAAAUGCUACGCGAAGUUCAUCCAAGCUUUUGUGACUCUGCUGAUGACCAACCAAAGAGUAUAAGCAAUGAUACCCUUGCUAGACUUGCAGGAACUGUCCAUUCCCUUAAGCAAGAGAAGAAACAGAGGCUACAGAAGCUUCAAAAUCUGGGGAGUACACUCAUUGAGUUGUGGAAUCUCAUGGACACGACGAGUGAUGAGCAAAAAAGAUUUGACCAUGUAACAUGCUUGAUUUCAGUAUCUCUUGAUGAGGUGUCAGUUCAAGGAAGCCUAGCAGCAGAUGUUAUUGAACAGGCUGAGCUUGAAGUUCAGAGAUUGAAUAUCCUGAAAGCCAGCAAAAUGAAGGAGCUUGUUUUGAAGAAGCAGAAUGAGCUUGAUGAGAUUUAUAUGGGUGUCCAUAUGGAGGUUGAUAAUGAUGCACGACAGAGGCUUAUUAGCAUCAUUGACUCUGGGAAAGCUGAUCUUUCGGAGCUUCUUUUGAGCAUGGAUGAUCAGAUUACAAAAGCAAAAGAACAUGCUUUAAGUAGGAGAGAGAUUCUAGAAAAGGUAGACAAAUGGGAAUUUGCAUCUGAGGAAGAGAGCUGGCUUGAUGACUAUGAAAGGGAUCAAAAUCGCUACAAUGCUGGCCGAGGUGCACAUAAGAAUUUGAAGCGUGCAGAGAAAGCCCGCGCACUAGUCAGCAAACUGCCAUCUAUGGUAGAAAAUCUGAUUGCAAAAGUCAAAGCUUGGGAGAGUGAGAAAGGAACGGAGUUUUUGUAUAAAAAGGAGCCACUACUUGGAAGUUUGGAAGAAUAUAAUCUGGUUAGGCAGCACAAGGAGGAAGAGAAAAAAAGAUCACGGGAGCAGAAACGGCUUCAGGAGCAAUUUGUUGCAGAACAGGAAGCUAUCUAUGGAGCAAAGCCAAGUCCCAUGAGGCCGUUUCCUGCGAAGAAACCUCUGGGUCAGAGCUUGAGUGCCAAUACAAUAGCUGGAACUCCAACAAGUCGUCGUGUUUCAACUCCUUUCCCUCGACAUGGACUCAUGUCAUCUGGCAAGGACAAAAAGGAUUACAGAGGUAAAGCAGUUGGUGCAAUAAUGCCAGUAAACUACGUAUCUCUUCCCAAAGAUGCAUGAGUUUGCAUGGUUGCGGUGUUUUACUGACUAUUUUGAUACCUUAGGACUUCCUUAUUCUUGCAACUUGCAAGUCAUAGUGAUUGUUAGAUUUGUAAAUUCUCGAACAUUCCUGCCAUUCUUUGGGUUUUCCCCCUUGAUGGGCAGUGGGCAGUCUGAUACUUCCAUGGCUUCAGCCUCUUUGAUGAGUAUGAAACAACAUUUAGCUUGUGAGGAACUUUAUUGGUUUACUGGGUUCUUAAAGUUGUUAUGAACUUUGUGCUAGAAAUCUGUAGCAAGUCAUUAAUGCUCAUUCUGUUACUAAAACCUUAAACA